GUGAAAAUAACAAAGAUCCAUUGAUAAAACACUAUCAGCAUAAUUCGAUAAAAAUCCAAUAAUACUUUAUAGUUUAUAAUGAGUGAUUAUUUAUCAGGUUACUCUAUGAAAGGUGCUUAAUAGUUUUGGACACUAAAUUAUAUUCAUCGACUAAACAAAAAUUACGAGCAUAUCAAAUAUAAUAUAUUUUCAAACCAACUAAAUUAAGAAAUCAAAAUGCUACAAUGCUACCAACAAGCAAUACCAAUUAUAAUAUAUUAUUAUUUAAAUUUAAUAUUUCCAUUUUCUAACUAUUUUUUUUAAUCCAGUAUGUAAAUAAUAAAAUAAUAAUAUCUUUACAUUAAAAAGUUACAAUACAAUACUGUAUAUUUACAAUUUACUCGUAACAUAGACAUUACCAGUAUAAUGAUAGGUACUUUCAAUUGUUUACCUGUUGCAUAUAUAGAGAAAAGUGAAAGUGUGUUGAUGGCAAAUAAUACAUAAAUGAAAGAAUGAAACAUUAAAUUAUAUUUUUCGUUCAUAAUAUUCGUCGACUGCACUCUGCACUAUGUUUAAUAAGUUAAUUGUUGUCGUAAUAUUCGUAUCAAUACAAAUUAAUGUUUCAGAUAGUGUUGUAAAACGCUGUUUUAGUUGUCGUUCCCGUGGAGAUUUGGGAAGUUGUAAGGAUCGCUUUAAAUACACUAACCUCACUCAAAUCAGCUCAGAAGCAGGUAUUGGAGUGGAAGCCGUACCUUGUGCAUCGGGAUGGUGUGGAAAAAUAAUAGAAACUAGAAAUUCUGAUGCUAAAGAACAAGAAUUUGACACGGCCACACAAAGGACAUGUCUACAAAGAGGACCUUCAGAUGGAGAGGAACGUUGUGAUGAUACUACUUGGGAGUAUAAAAAAGUUUUUAUGUGUUUUUGUCACGGUGAUCUUUGUAAUAAUGCAUCUUUUAAAGAGUUCAAUUAUUAUAUUCUAAUCUUAACUUAUUUUGGAAUUCCUUUUAUAUUUUCUCAUUUGAUAUUUUAAUAAUAAUAAACACAUUGCCUAUUAAUUACUAUUUGCGUAUUAUAUAAUAUACCUACAUUAUGUACCUAAUAUUUUUCACUCUUUUUAAUUUUUAUACUUGAAA